GAGCAAAGCAGAGAUUUCAGCCCUCACUGAAUAUGUGUGCCACAAGCAGUUAAGGAGAGGAGAGCUAAAACUGAAGAAACAAAAAGGGAGCCAUUUUUUCACGUCAGAAGGGAGGAAGAAGAAAAAACCGAAGUUUCGAAUGUCAUAUUUGUAGGACUUGUUCGAUUGUUACGAUUUCGCAUUGACAGCUUGGUGAUGCUGUUGGGGACUACGAAAUUAGUGUUGUUUGAUGAUGCUGAUGUGAUGGAAUGUUGACUUGUUUUCUCAGUUUAGGAGCUCGAGAUUGAAAGAUGGAAGAACUUUUUUUUGCCAUUCUCUCUCUCCUUCUUGUUGUUGCAUUAAUUCCUCUCUACCUAUGGAAACGACAUCAGGAUUCUCCAUCACGUGUUGAAAACGAAGAACAUGAGGUUCCACAGAGAGAAACAGUUGUACGUGCUACUGGUGCCCGUCGAAUGCGUCGAAGACCAGCUGCUGGAGCCAGCACAUCAUCUGCACCAGCAGCAAGUGUUGAAGAAACUGUCGACGACAGUGACGAUGAAGCUGUUGCGGGUGAGAAUUAUGAGGCUAAAGCAUCAAGGAAAAAAGAAAAGAAGCGGCAAGAGCGGGAAGCACAACGUCAGGUUGAUCAAGCUGCAAGAGAUUCAAGGCAAACAAAACAAGACAGGUAUGCAGAAAUGCGGAGGAGGAAGGAUGAGGAGCAUGAAGCGAAGGAGCGUAUGCUGGAAGAAGAAGCGGAGGCUCGUAAGGCCAGGGAGGAGGAAGCUGCUGCUUUAGAGUUUGAGAAGUGGAAAGGAGACUUUUCAGUUGAUGCCGAAGGUACUACAGAGAACGAAGUGCAAGAUGGAAAUCAGGGCUUACUUUCCAAUUUUGUGGAAUACAUAAAGAACCACAAAUGUGUUCCCUUAGAAGAUCUUGCUGCAGAAUUCAAGCUACGCACUCAGGAAUGUAUCAAUCGUAUCAACUCCCUGGAAAGCAUGGGGCGACUCUCUGGUGUCAUGGAUGAUAGAGGAAAAUACAUAUACAUCUCCCUAGAGGAAAUGAAAGCUGUUGCUGACUAUAUUAAGCGUCAGGGGAGGGUUAGCAUCUCACAUCUUGCUAGUAAGUCCAACCAGUUCAUUGAUUUGGAGCCAAAAGCCCAGUUUGUUGAGGAAAUCUGCAGUGUCGAGGAGAUUACUGCCUCUUGACUCUAGUGAAUCUAUGCCGUUGGAAUACACUAGUAAGACACUGAAUGCAUAAUGAAAAAUAGGUUUUAUUCCAUUCUGUACAUGAGUUCCACAUCAUAAGCAACCAACCUCCCGUUUUUUUAUUCCCUUCCUGUGCAAAGAAAUGCAACAUAUGUUCAAAAUGGGAAAUUAGCAAGAUAGUGUUUGUGGACUUCGUUUCCCUCGAGAGAACGUGGCUCCCGAACUCUUAAAACUCAAGUCGUAGGGUGAUGUUUCCGUCACAUAUCAUGACCGAAUAUGAUGCUCAAUGGUAUUUCACACACAAUUUUCUUUUUCUGUUUACCUGUUUCUGUAUGGUUGUAAUAUAACUUGGAUUUGAAUUUCCUACCCUAACUCUUAGGUCUUGUGUGAGAGAGAUAUAUGAAGUCUCAUAACAUCUAUUGACCACUAAAUGUUGUUUGAAAAACUCAAUCGGGUUACUAUAAAUGUUGUGAAAUUCAUUUU